GCAGCUGGCGACACACGCCAGCUCGCAGAUCGGGAAGAGAAUAAAGUCAGCUGACCGGGGAGACGGGCGUGCUGUCAAAUGAAGUUUUGGUGGUCGGAAAACACCUUCAGGGAAACAGAAAAGCCGAAAGCCUCGGAGUCUUUAGGGAUGAGCCUUUUCAUCCCUUCCUUAUCUUCACCCUCCGAUUGCCCCGGACCCCGCCUGUGAAAAUGGACCGCACAGGGUCUGUGCAGCCCAGCGUCAACUCCUCCUAUCGUCCGCCUUCGUACGACGACCAAAGCCUGACCGAGGAUGAGGAGGGUGACGACACCUCAGCCCUUCUUCCCAAAGCGUCCUCGGCGCCUCUGGCUGUGCGCUACAGUCCAGAGGACUCGUACAAUCUGGUGUACCUCAUCUUCUUCCUGAUGGGCAUCGGCUCCCUGCUGCCCUGGAACUUCUUCAUCACGGCGAAGCACUACUGGGUCUACAAGCUUAGCAACAGCAGCGACCUCAGCGGGCGAUCCGAUCUCAGUGACUACUUUGAAAGCUACCUUUCCAUUGCCUCAACCGUACCGUCAGUGGUGUGCCUGAUUCUCAACUACUUUCUUGUUAACAAGUUGUCUCCAAAGGUCCGAAUCCUCUCGUCUCUUGUUGUGAUGCUGUUUGUGUUCCUGCUGACCACCGUGCUGGUGAAGGUGGACGUCUCAGAACACAGGAUGGAGUUCUUCGGCGGCACACUCGCCUGUGUUGCUGUCAUCAGCGGCGCCUCCAACGUCUUCUGUGGCAGCGUCUUCGGGAUCAGUGGCUAUUUUCCCAUGAGGAUCUCUCAAGCUCUUAUAUCAGGUCAGGCCAUGGGGGGCACCCUGACUGCAUUAGCAUCAAUAGUGACCUUAAGUCUGGCUCCGGACGUAACCACCAACGCUCUGGCCUACUUCCUGAUAGCUGACUUCUUCAUCCUGCUCUGCAUCAUCUGCUAUUUGCUUUUGCCUAAGUUUGCAUAUUCAAGACACUACAUGCUGCCGUCGAGCUGCGUCAGCGCUGGGACGCUCAGUGAGGACCACGGCGCUGCAGCUGGAGUCCCUCCUCUGCAGCGUAUCAUUAAGAAGGCCGGGAUGCUCGGCGCUUGUGUCUUUUACGUCUUCCUCGUCACGGUCUCGGUAUUCCCAGCCGUCUCGUCGGGGAUCCAGUCUGUGAACAUGGACAGCGGCAGCCCCUUAACAACAACUUACUUUGUACCCCUCACCAGUUUCCUCCUGUAUAACGCGGCGGACUUCUGUGGCAGACAGGCUACGGCCUGGGUGCAGAUUCCCGGCCCCACCAGUCGCGUCCUGCCUGCUCUGGUGCUGUGUCGCACCGUGCUGGUCCCACUUUUCAUGUUCUGUAACUACCAGCCACGGGACCACCUUCAUACGGUGCUCUUCUCCAGUGAUGUGUACCCUGUGAUCUUCAACUGCCUGUUGGGUCUCUCUAACGGAUACCUGGGCACGCUGCCUAUGAUCUAUGGACCGAAGGUGGUACCCCGGGAGCAGGCUGAAGCCACGGGCGUGGUCAUGUCGUUCUUUCUCACUCUGGGACUGGCUGCUGGGUCUGCGUUUUCUGUACUUAUUGUGCACUCUAUCUGAACCGAUGUCAUAUAGAGCUUUGUGGUGUGGGGAAAACACUACGGCCUGUGCAAUCGAGCUCUUUAUUUUCACUGGAGCAGCAGGCGUCGCUCCCUCUAUACCUCAUCUAGUUUCCACUGAUGCCUCAAACCGGCUGUAAUUGGUGCUGAUUUGAAGGACUGAUGCAUUAUGUGUGUAAUUUUACACACUGAACAAAGAUUACUCAAGAUGAAUUAAAGAGAUGGAAGCUUGGGGCGCAUAACUGGUUGCUAAAUGCCUUUUGUUAUGAAUUUACAUAAAAUAUGCACAAUGUAAAAUCACAUGCUGGCAAGUUUAAAUAUUUGUUGAUGUUGAAUGUGUAACAUAGGUACCGUUUGGCCAAAGAUGAACGGUUCAAGUGG